CCGGGGCGGAUGGCUCGGGCCCCCCGGCUCCGCGGCGCGGCCCUGCGCGCCCUCCUCCUCCCGCUGCUGCUGCUGCUGCUCCCGCCACCGCCGCUGCUGGCCUGGGCCCCGCGGCCCCCGGAUGCACACCGCCGCCACCCUGUGAGGAGGGGGCCACAGCCUUGGCAUGAAGCUGGUCCCAGCAGCCUGGUACCUGCCCCUACUGCCCAGGACACUCCCCAGCCUGCCAGCAGCCCCAGGCCUCCCCGCUGCGGUGUGCCUGACCCGCCUGAUGGGCUGAGUGCCCGCAACCGACAAAAGCGCUUCGUGCUGUCAGGCGGGCGCUGGGAUAAAACGGACCUCACCUACAGGAUCCUCCGGUUCCCAUGGCAGCUGGUACGGGAGCAGGUGCGGCAGACGGUGGCAGAGGCCCUACAGGUGUGGAGCGAGGUGACACCACUCACCUUCACCGAGGUGCAUGAGGGUCGUGCUGACAUCAUGAUCGACUUCACCAGGUACUGGCAUGGGGACAACCUGCCAUUCGACGGGCCUGGGGGCAUCCUGGCUCAUGCCUUUUUCCCCAAGACCCAUCGAGAAGGAGAUGUCCACUUCGACUAUGACGAGACUUGGACAAUCGGGAACAACCAGGGUACAGACCUCCUGCAGGUGGCCGCCCACGAGUUUGGCCAUACGCUGGGGCUGCAGCACACGACAGCUGCUAAGGCACUCAUGUCCCCUUUCUACACCUUCCGCUACCCACUGAGCCUCAGCCCAGAUGACCGCAGAGGCAUCCAGCACCUCUAUGGCCAACCCCGGACAGCCCCUACCUCCAGGCCCCCAGCCGUGGGCCCCCAGGCAGGUGUGGACACUAACGAGAUUGCCCCACUGGAGCCGGAAGCCCCACCAGAUGCCUGUGAGAUCACCUUUGAUGCAGUCUCCACCAUCCGUGGCGAGCUCUUCUUCUUCAAGGCGGGCUUCGUGUGGCGGCUGCGUGGGGGCCGGCUGCAGCCUGGCUAUCCUGCACUAGCUUCUCGUCACUGGCAGGGACUGCCCAGCCCCGUGGAUGCAGCCUUCGAAGAUGCCCAGGGCCACAUCUGGUUCUUUCAGGGUGCUCAGUAUUGGGUGUACAAUGGAGAGAAGCCAGUCCUGGGCCCUGCACCUCUCUCUGAGCUGGGCCUGCUAGGGUCCCCCAUCCAGGCCGCCUUGGCCUGGGGCCCCGAGAAGAACAAGAUCUACUUCUUCGGAGGCAGAGACUACUGGCGCUUCCACCUUAGCACCCGCCGUGUAGACAGCCCCGUGCCCCGCCGGGCCACUGACUGGCGAGGGGUGCCCUCUGAGAUUGAUGCCGCCUUCCGGGAUGCUGACGGCUAUGCCUACUUUCUGCGAGGUCGCCUCUAUUGGAAGUUCGACCCCGUGAAGGUGAAGGCCUUGGAGGGCUUCCCCCGCCUCGUGGGCCCUGACUUCUUCGGCUGUACCGAGCCUGCCAACACUUUCCGCUAA